AUGGCCAUUUUCAACAUGAGCAAUUACAACACAGGACCCUUUAUUCUGGUGGGGAUCCCAGGUUUAGAGCAAUCCCAUGUGUGGAUUGGGAUUCCCUUCUGCAUCAUCUAUAUUGUGGCUGUUGUGGGAAACUGUAUCCUUCUCUAUCUGAUUGUGGUGGAGCGUAGCCUUCACGAACCCAUGUUCUUCUUUCUCUCCCUGCUGGCCAUGACUGAUCUCAUCUUGUCUACAGCAGGUGUUCCUAAAACACUAAGUAUCUUCUGGCUUGGGGCUCGAGAAAUCACAUUCCCAGGUUGCCUUACACAAAUGUUCUUCCUCCACUAUAGCUUUGUGCUGGAUUCAGCCAUCCUGAUGGCCAUGGCAUUUGAUAGAUAUGUGGCCAUAUGCUUGCCUUUGAGAUACACCAAUAUCUUGACCCCCAAGACCAUCAUCAAGAUUGUUAUGGGCAUCUCCUUUAGAAGCUUCUGCAUCAUCCUGCCAGACGUAUUCUUGCUCACACGCCUGCCUUUCUGCCGGACACGCAUCAUACCCCACACAUACUGUGAACACAUAGGUGUGGCCCGGCUCGCCUGUGCUGACAUCUCCAUCAACAUCUGGUAUGGUUUUUGUGUUCCCAUCAUGACAGUCAUCUCAGAUGUGAUUCUCAUUGCUGUUUCUUACACUCUUAUCCUCUGUGCUGUCUUCCGCCUCCCCUCCCGAGAUGCCCGUCAGAAGGCCCUUGGCACCUGCGGUUCCCAUGUCUGUGUCAUCCUCAUGUUUUAUACACCUGCCUUUUUCUCCAUCCUUGCCCAUCGCUUUGGACACAAUGUCUCCCGUACUUUCCACAUCGUGUUUGCCAAUCUCUACAUCGUUAUUCCACCUGCACUCAACCCUAUUGUCUAUGGAGUAAAGACCAAACAGAUAAGAGACAAGGUCACACUUUUGUUUUCUACCAAGGGUAAAGAAUGA